AUGAAAUGUGCACUGGCCACAGAUCUUGCACAUAAUGUGGACGUAAUGAAUAUGGAAAUAUCUGGAGGUCCUUUUCAACAAGAUAGAAAACAUACUCUUAAAGAUUCUGAAAAAAUUUCAAACACUGGAGUAAACAUUCUCCUAACAAGUCUCCGUGAUAUCCCCGCAUCUGUUAACAACAAAUGUACAAAUAAUUUUAAUAUGUUUGAAAUUUCAGAUGAUAUUAGAGGUGUUACACAUAAUUUAUUAUGGGUAGAAAAUGAGAAUGAGCUGGGAAAAAGAGUGGAACAUAUAUUGGAUACAUUAUAA